UUGGCUAGAUAGAAAGAGAUCGAGAAGGGUUGUGAAGUGAAAAUUAAAUAUGGCUCAGGCACUCCUUAAAGCAAUUGAAACUGAGGAUAUCACUGAUUUGAAAACAUUAAUUGAAAAUUACUUAUCAGAAGAAGAUAGUGCAAAGUUUUGGGAAAACAAUCCUCUACUCAUGGUAUCUCAGUAUGGGAGCGUACUCUGUGCGAAAGAAAUAAUCCGGUUAAAACCGGAAUUGGCAUGGCAGAGAACCGGAGAUGGUUCCAGUACUGUUAUGCAUUUCAUUUGUAGAACUGCAGAUGUUGCGAUUGUGAAGGCAGUGGUGGAGGCUGGUGAUCCUAUUCAAAUGAUCUGUAAUCUUACAGACAUUCAUUCUAGAACCCCCUUUCAUACUGCCGCGAUAAAUGGCAGAGAAGAAGUUCUGAGGGCAUUGGUUACUCUUUGUCCCGAGUCUAUUCAGAAGUUGACUUCUCAGCGAGAGUCUGCUCUUCAUCUGGCCUUGAAAAAUAACCAUUGUGGUUCGUUUCUAGUGAUGGUGGAAGAACUUCAAAAGCACGAUCUAAUGAAUCUUCUAACCCGCCAGGACGAUGAGGGCAACUCUGUUUUACAUAUUGCAACUCUACGCAAACAAAUCCAGAUUCUAAAGAUGUUGCUCCCGGACAAGUCUACAAAUGCCGGUCCUGUGGUGCAAGUAAACUCCAGAAAUAGAGGGGGAUUCACGGCCUUGGACCUUCAUUACCAAAAUUUUUCCGAUAGGAAUGACAAGGAUAUCAGUGACAUUCUUCAUCAAGCUGGAGCCAAGGAGGGCCAUUUGCUAUUUUGCAGCUGUGAAGAAAAACCACCUUCUUCGCAAUCACUGACGCCCAGGUUUACAAGGAGUACUUGCAAAAGCAUGAAAUUGGGGGCGGUCGCGGUGUUCAUUACUAUUGCAGGGGCUGCAUUUUCUAGUCUUACCAAUUUAAACAACAUCUAUCUAUUACCAUUAGAUAAGAACUUCUCUGGAAUCUCAAUGACUAGUGCUAAAGAUUUGAUUAUGUCACCCAUCCUGCUGCCUGGUAACUUCGCCUUCAUGGUGUUCAACACAGCCGCAUUUAUGGCGAGUUUGUUUGUUGCAGUGGUUAUAAUCUGCUCAUUCCAGUGGUCAUUUUGUAUUAAAGUAGUCUCCUUAUUCGCUAUUCUGGCAUUCACAGUCUCCUAUGUGUUUCUAGCGAAGGAGGUCAUGCCAAAGUUUUGGGUAGUUUUUGGCUCCUACAAGAUCUCAAGCUUCUGGUUCUUGUGGUUCUAUGAAACACUUUUAGCUUGCACUACAGGUACAGUAUGUCUUAUGGGAAAAUUGAUUCAAUAUAUCUUUUCCAAGCUCUUGAAAAGGCCGAGGAUGGGUGGAAAUCGUCCGGAAACCAAUUCAAGAAUCUCUGUGUAGGUGGCUAAAAUGAGGAAGAAAGAGCAUUUUGCUGAACAACCUUUGCCAGUUUUAUGUGAGCAAAGAUCAGAAUUUUAUUGUGUCCGUCUAUAACAGUGAACCGCCUUAUUAACUGAAUGCGGUACCUUCGGCUUGAAUAAUUGCAUCAGUGUAAGAGAACGAUAAAUGUUUGUUCAUGUCUUGUUCUCCACCUAUAAAUGUUUUUUUAGUUAAAAUACAAGCACGCAUUUCAUCACAUAAUGCAUGUUUUUCCUUUUUUUCUUUUUUCUUGAUGCAUGUUUUAGUUAGAGCACCCAGUUUCUUGACCGGGUGUGCUCAUUUUUAAGUCCAAGUCAAAAUUUUACUCUAGUGAUCGAGUCAGAAUAUUAGUACUAUUGAUGCAGUGUUCUCGCCCUUUUAGGGUUUCACGGGCAAUGGAGUAUGUCUCUCAUAUUGUUAUAGUUUCUACAAAUUUUCUUUAAUAAACCCUCUAACAAAUUUUCCUUAGGCUCGUUAGAUGAAAA